AUAUAGAAGGAUAUAUAGACUGGGAGGCUAGGGCGGGUAGGGCAUCCCUCCACGUUUCUCGAAUUUUAAAUUGCCUGGCUCGUACGCCUAUCUGUACUUUUACGUUUUUUCCUUUUUCCUUUCUUUUCGAUGUAUUCGAAUCGCUCUGGGAACGACCCGUUAAUCCGCUGAGCCUAGUAUGGCUUUAUUCAAUUGGGAAUGGUCCGCUGGAGGGGUUUGGAUCGUGGCCGGCGUGGUCGCAGUGGCAUAUUACGUGAUUUCGGCGUUUGCGACCUGGUACCGCCUCCGAGAUGUCCCUGGUCCGUUUCUCGCUUCCUUUUCGUACCUGUGGCUGGCAAAUGUUGCGAAGAGCGGGAAGCAGUUCUGGGUGUAUCGGGACAUGUACAGGAAGUACGGGCCUUUGUUUAGAGUUGGACCAAAUGAACUUUCCACGGAAGACCCGGAAGUUAUUAGGAAGAUAAAUGCGGCUCGGAGUUCGUACGGGAGAGACCCUUGGUAUGUGGCUGCGAGGUUCGAUCCAUAUCAUGAUAACGUCUUCACCCUUCUCGAAGCUGGACCCCACGAUAAAUUCAAGGCGAAGAUAGCUGGCGCAUAUGGAGGCCGUGAGACACCUGCUCUAGAACCCGGAAUUAACGAUCAAAUCAACUCGCUUCUCGACCUACUUAGACGCAAAUAUAUAUCAAACGACGAGUCGGGAGAAUUCCAUCCAGUGGACUUCGCAGAGCUUAUAUCUUUCUACACGGUAGAUGUGAUCACACGAUCUGCGUUCGGAGAAGAGUUUGGAUGCUUGAAGACGGACUCCGAUGUGCAUGGAUUCCUUGCCAGUGUGAAGGACAGCUGGGCUAGCAUAGCGAUAGCUCUGGAUGUACCUUACUUCAGAAAUAUACUGUUUUCGCAGCUGUUUCUGAAGUUCUUUGGACCGAAACCGACGGAUUCGGCGGGGAUGGGGAAACUUAUGGGAAUAGCGAAGGAGGUCGUCUCUAAGCGAUUUGCCGGUGAUGAGGAAAAACAAAAAGACAUGCUUGGGGCGUUCAUAAGUCACGGACUCAACCGACAAGAAUGCGAGACGGAAGCUCUCUUUAUGAUUAUUGCCGGGUUUGAGAAUACAGCAUCCGUAAUUCGCACGGCUUUUCUGUACUUGAUGGCUUGCCCGCGGGUAUAUCAAAAAUUCAAGAAUGUGGUGUUGCAGACCGUUCAAGACGGCAAAGUAUCCAGCCCGAUCACAUAUGAGGAGGCGAAAAGGAUACCGUACUUGCAGGCCGUAAUCUACGAGGGCAUCCGCAUGCGCCCACCAGCCCCAGGUCUCUAUCCGAAGUCGGUACCCCCGGAAGGCGACGUGAUCCACGGCAAAUUUAUCCCAGGCGGAACAGCCAUCGGAAUGAACACCUCGGCGGUGAUGCGUUCAACAGAGCUUUUCGGCGCCGACGCAGAUGUCUUCCGCCCGGAACGAUUUAUGGAAGUAGAUGAAGCUACACGUGCUGAGAUGGAACGCAACGUCGAACUUGUGUUUGGGUAUGGCCGAUGGAUGUGUGCCGGGAAACCGGUUGCGUUUAUGGAGCUCAAUAAGAUAUUCUUUGAGCUGUUUCGAGAAUUUGAUUUCCAGUUGGUUAACCCAAUGAAACCAUGGGAUUCCCUGAGUUACAGCCAAUUCAUCGAGGAGAACAUGUGGGUGCGGGUGACGAAACCAGAAACGACGUAAUUUACGGAUUGAGGUCACUUCUACUAGGGUAGACAAAAUGCACCGCCUGUUCGAAUGGAUUUGUGUUGGAAAUACCCUUUCAUGUUUGGAUGUUUCUAGACUGAAAUUAGCUAGUCUGAAAGGGGAGGUCAUAUGCCUAUAUCUAACAAUAAGAUAUAUAAUCGGCGCGA